UGAGGUGGUCUGACACAUGACAAACGCACCUUCCUAACAGUUACUCAUUUUUGGGGUGUUGGAAUUGUUUCGACUUCUCUCUCACAGCUCGGUUUAGUCUUGCUAUCAUUCUAAGCGGUUUCCAUAUAUUCCAGGUGCUGGACCUCAAACAGGUACAAUUCAGACCUUGAGCAUUGAUGAGUUCACUUGUAGCCAUCACACAUUGCCAAUCCAUGCCUGUAACCAACGGUGUCGCGACUGGGAACCGGCGAGACGCAAAACAGGCACCAGGUGGGCACAUGAACCACGUGACCGCAGAAAGGUACGUGACCAAUGGAGACAUCGAUGAUGACAUCAACAAUCCCAUCCAGCUGAAACCUCUUCCACGUCUUCCGGUGCCGCCUCUGCACAAUACAUUAGCUGCAUACCUGCAGUCGCUAACGGCCACGGUAUCUAGGACACAGUACGCCACCACCAAGAGCCUGGUGCAAGAGUUUGCCAAGCCGGGAGGACAGGGGGAGUACUUGCACCAGAAGCUUUUGGAGUAUACAGAAACACAAACAAACUGGUCAAACAGAUGGUGGUUGGAUGACAUGUACUUGAACAAUCAUGUGCCACUUCCACUCAACUCGAACCCAGGGAUGGUGUUUCCGAAGCAGCACUUCAAAGAUGAGGGCCAAAGGCUAAGAUUUGCAGCAAAACUAAUAUCUGGCAUACUGGAUUACAAAGUCAUAAUUGAUGCACGAGCUCUGCCGGUUGACAGGGUACGGCAUCACAAGCCUGGUCAACCAUUAUGUAUGGAGCAAUACUACCGGCUGUUCUCGUCGUAUCGCGUUCCAGGCGAGGUAAAAGACAGCCUAGUUUCACCCUCUAGCAGUGUAAUGCCUGAACCAGAACAUAUCAUCGUCGCAUGCAAUAAUCAGUUUUUUGUACUGGACGUUAUUGUCAAUUUCAAGCGGUUAAGUGAGCAAGACCUUCUCAGUCAGUUGAAACGUAUCGUGGAUGUAUCGCACCAGCACCCUGCAUCUCACCCUGUGGGUUUGCUGACGACAAUGGGCCGAAUAGAGUGGGCCAAGGCUAGAAAAAGGCUAAUUAAAGACUCAACAAACCGCGAUUCCCUAGACAUGAUCGAACGUUGCAUAUUCGUUCUUAGUCUGGACGCCAACAUGGGACAUCCCCCGGCCGAGGUGGGCAAACCUAUGGAUGCAGACGACGAACCGUUAGCCCAUCAGAUGCUACACGGGGGCGGGACGGCACUCAACAGCGGCAACAGGUGGUUCGACAAAACUAUGCAGUUUAUAAUUGGCGAUGAUGGCACCUGUGGACUGAAUUAUGAACACUCGCCGUCAGAGGGCGUAGCGGUUAUCCAGCUUGUGGAACAUUUGCUCAGAUACAUUGACUCUGAGACCCACAAAAGGAAGUUAACACGAGCCCAAUCGAUAUGUGAGCUGCCUUGUCCACGAGUACUGAGAUGGAAAUUGUCAGAUGACACGAUCCAAGAUAUUGAAAAGGCCAGAACAGAAGUGGACAGGCAUGUUGACGACUUUGACUUGAAACUUCUUCGGUACACAAAAUUUGGUAAAGGAUUUCCGAAGUCACAAAACAUGAGUCCGGAUGCCUUUAUCCAGAUUGCUCUACAAUUCACCUACUUCAGGAUCUACGGGCACUUAACUUCUACAUAUGAAAGCGCCUCCACACGGCGAUUUCUUGAGGGAAGAGUAGAUAAUAUCCGUGCAGCAACAGCGGAAGCUCUUGAAUUUUCGCGUUCCAUGAUUGGUGAUCGACCAGCUACGGAACUGGAAAAAAUGGAUCUCCUGCGGGCGGCCAUACAACGACAGACGGAUAUUUGCAUUACAAAUAUAAUGGGGCAAGGCUUCGACUGCCAUCUUCUCGGACUUCGUGAACUUUCACGAGAACUCGGGGAGCCAAUGCCCGAGAUUUUUAAAGAUGAAGCAUACCGGAUAAGCAACUACUUCAAUUUAAGCACAAGUCAGGUCUUGACAAAACUGGAUACGUUCAUGUGUUACGGUGCCGUAGUACCAGACGGCUAUGGUGCGGCCUACAACCCUCAUGAGGACUACAUUCUUUUUGCCAUUACAUCCUGGAAGAGUUGCCCUACUACAUCGUCAGAAGUCUUCCGCGAUAAACUGUACAAAAGCCUGAAUGAUAUGCACGCGUUAUGCAUUCGUACGUCCCUUAAUAACAACCUCAUCAUUCAAUAAAAUAAAAUUCAGCCAAGCAUUUUGAGUAUUUCUCCCACCUCCUCAAAAUGAAACUUUCUCAGAGUUGGCAGAUGUGAUAAAUUAGAACAUUAAACGAGAAUGGUCGGCUGUUUUAAAACUUAUAAGCCAGUAUUCCUUCGCAGUAGUUUGAGUUUCAGAUUUCAUUUCGUUUGCUGUGUUGUUCAUCAAAAUUAAAGUAUAGUGGUAUUAAAUUUAUUUCCGAGCAGUUUUUACAGGUUCUCUGUUUGCAGGUAACAGGUGAGAUUUGGGAAUUUUCAUAAACUAUACUAGUUUAUGUAUUUUAACAUAAUUGGAUCCUGCUGAAAGAUUUUGACAGCGAAACCUGGAACAGCAUCUGAGUGAACGUAAACGUAUUUACCAAAAUACAAAUAGAACACAUCCCCUGAAUGUCCAGACCUUAGAUCAAACGAGAUGCUUUGGAUUUUAUUGUUUGGAACAGAAAAGGUAAUUGUCGCUCAUGAAGCUGGAAAAAGUGGGUGCUUAAUGUAUUAAUAAUUAAAUACAAAUAAUUGUUGAAUUAAUGAGUGGUCAACUCCCUACCCUGUUCCGUUUUCAUAUAAACGAACUAUUUGUGCAAGACAACAAUCUAUUAUGGAGAUUUGACCGGGUAUUUAACAGUGUCAAUAAUAAAGCAAAGCCAUUUUUAAGAGGUUUAAAACAAUUCUCAAUUACAUAGCUAUAUCUAAUCGGCUCUCUUACAAAAACAAACAAGAGGAGCACAAAACCAAAGAAAUGAACGAUAUUACAAAUUUCUAUGAAAUUCUUGUUAAUUGUAAGAACAUCAAUCAUUUUGUAGACUAUUAUAGUAGGAAGGAAAUACUAGGAUGCCAUAAGUUCGCUUGGUUUUGUUCUAUCAAAAUGGGAAAAGGGAUUUGGAUGUAUAAGCUAACCUUUUACGCACAUAAAGAUCACAAUGUUUACCGAUCCUUUGGUGUUUUGGCCUUUUUUAUUCACACGCUGUCGAUUUACAACCUUUAUUUGGAGAUCAAAAAUUAUGUUACACUAUUUUUGAACUAUUUUUUCUUUUUAAAGUUGACAUCUUACGUGCAAUAACUGUGAGCAUUAAAAAACAAAAUCUCUAUAAUUUUAAUCAUUGAGCAUAUACAUGUAUAGAGGUAUUUAUUGUAGCAAUUUAAUGUAAAUAUAAAUUUAUGCAUGUCAGAAGAAUAUUGUAGUAUUGAAGUUUAUUAAUGUAUUUACAAGUUUCAGUUGCAUUAAUUGCAACCUAUUUAAACGCUGUAUUGCGAUAUCUAUAAUUAUUAUUAGAAUACUGUCAGAUUCUGAAUCGGCCUGCAAAUCUACACUGAACAUUGACUUUAAAAAGUCGUCUCGAAAUCAAUUGAAGUCAAAAUAGUCAUGCAUGUCAAGAAAAAAGUAUGUUUCAAGAUUUUCAUCAAAACCAGCACAGUUUUUAUUGGUAGAGUUGUAUAGUACUGCAAUCGUGCCCUCUAUAGCUGGGUCCAGGUUUUCAAGCCAGAAAAGUUGGUUUCCAAAAAUCUGAGUUGAAGUCUUUGAAUAAACCAAAUGUUCUCAUACGGUACAUUACGAUCGUUUUUGUACAAAUAACAAAUCGACACGUUGAGGUGCACACAACGCAGGGAAUGGGUCAGUAAUUUCAAAGAGGUACAUGUGUCAAAAAGGAGCACUGAUAUUUACCAGUGUUUGUAAUAUCAUAAUAACGAAAUUCCUCACAUUACUUUACCUUUGUUAAUCUUCAACCGACCACACCGUCCAGUUUGAAAGAUGGCCUCAUGAUGAACUAACUCAACUCUACGGUUAUGUUCAGAACAGCUGCAAAAGUUAAAACAGUUGCUAACCAAGGAAGUUGGUCGUAAAAUUAAAACGAUCCGAGCGUUCAGACGCAGUUU